AUGAUCCCACUGUCCAUGUUCUCCCCUCCAGGCCCCUGUGCUCCUGGGAACCUGCACACUAACCUCCAGUGCAUCACCAACUCUACCUCCCUGAUGUGGGACAAAAGCCCAGGGGCCCUGCAGUAUUUGGCCACAGGACGUUCUGCGAGCGGCCACGUGACCUCCUGUAAUUCUAGUGACACCUACUGUGAUCUAACGGGACUGCAGUGUGGCCAGGUCUACAACGUGUCAGUCCACUCCGCGGACACGGUCUGCAGGAGCAUCCAGACGGUCCGCUCAGAUUUACAAACCGCUCUGUGUCCACCCCAGAAUGUGGACGCCCAGGUGCUCUGUGCCUCAGGCUCAAUGCUGGUGACUUGGGACCCCGACACAGACGCCCAGUUCUUCCUGCUGGAUGCCGUGACGGAGGCAGGGAGCAGCCACUCCUGUAACACCACAGCCAACCAGUGCUCCAUAAGCAAUCUGACCUGUGGAGAGAGCUUCUCUGUCCAGGUCACUGCUGUGAGAGGAGGAUGCCACAGCUUGCCCAGUCAGGCUGUCAACGUCUCAUCUGCCCCAUGCAUGCCCACUGGGGUGAACGGGAGCCAGAACUGCGUGGCCAACUCUGCUUGGGUGUCCUGGGUCCCGGCGCUGGGGGCGGACAGCUACACGGUGACCGCUGAUGGUGCGGGCGGGUACAACUCCUCCUGCUCCACAUCCGGCUCCACCUGUGAGGUGCCUGAUCUGGCCUGCGGCGUGCGCUACACCUUCUACGUCACUGCUAGCAAUGGACACUGUGAAGGUCCGCGCAGCGUGACGUUCAGCAUCGAAACAGCUCCCUGCAACCUGUCCAGCAUCAUGGCCUACACCCAGUGUCACAGCUCCUCCAUCCAGGUUCUGUGGGGGCCCGGCGGGAAGCUCUCGACGAACCAUGGAUACAUUGUCAUGGCGGAGGCCAGCGACCAUAGCGUGCUGACCUGCAACAGCUCUGCCACAAGCUGUGACCUGGAGGGGGCCCGCUGCGACCUGCAGUACUCCGUCAUCGUAGCAGUGUCGUCAGACACCUGCUCCAGCCUGCGAAGCCCUCCUUAUAGAGUCACCAUGGAACCCUGUCCCCCCCAGGAUGUGGUCAUUAAGUCCUCCUGCGAGUCCCGUGGAGUCCACGUGUCCUGGAUCCCCUCCCCUGUAGCGGAGGCCUACGUCAUGACUGCUGUAGGUGGAAACGGAGAUGUGCUCUCCUGCAACUCAUCCACAAAUAACUGCUCCCUGUCUGGGCUGAGGUGCAGUCAGCAGUACAACAUCUCUGUGUUUGCCAGCAACCAGAACUGCUCCAGCACGGCCAGUCAGAAUGUCACAUUUAAUACCGUGCCCUGCAAGCCAGAUGGCGUGUCUGUGUCAGUCCAGUGUGCUAACCAGUCGGCGCAGCUUUCAUGGAGGGUCAGAGCUGGCGCUGAGGGUUACUGGGGCAGUGCACAGGCGGAGGAUGGUAGCAGGCUGUACUGUGAGAGCACAGGGACGUCCUGUACCAUUGAAGGGUUGGAGUGCGGGGCCCAGUACAACUUCACUGUUCAGGCCUCAGAUGGGACCUGCAACAGCUCCUUCAGUGAACCCCUGCCGGCUGGAGCAGCUCCCUGUCCUCCAGAGAACAUGAGGGUGACCACACUACCCAUGCAAAACCAGGCCCAGUAUUUACGUGCCUCAUGGACCAACGUGACCUGUCCUAAUGUCCAAUACCUGCUUGAGGUGACUGGAUGCAUCCUGGGAGACAGCCAAUCCCAGUUCGAGCUGGCUUCCUAUUGGACCGACACCAGUUUCUUCGAGCUUCUCCUCCCAUGUGGCUCAUCCUAUAACGCGACAGUGAAGAGCAGUAACUCUGCAGGCGAGAGUGCCCCCUCUGUGGCCGUCAAUGGAACUACAGCCCCUUGCCCUCCACAGCAAGUGACCUUCACUGGGUCCAUCUCCUCGGCCACCAUCUCGUGGAACGCAUCCGUCUACGCCACUGACUACACAGUGUAUGACAUCAGCAGCGGGGUGUGGACCCAGGUCUGCAGCACAGUUCAGUUGUCCUGUUCCCUGACCAACAUCAGCUACAGUAACCUAGAGGUCACCGCUAGCAACGCCGCUGGAGAGAGCGAACCCACCAGGGCCAUAUCAGGUCUGGCCCAGCCUGAGGUGCAGGUCACUGUGAAAACCCCCAACACCCUGCUGGUCGACUGGUCCCCUGUAGAAGGGGCAACGUACUACUCCCUAGUGGUCCAGGAGCAGAGGCCUCGACCUCGCCACGCCGGCCGGCCGGCCCCAGAUACUAACCGUGUACGGCCAGAGCGUCGUCGUCACUGA